CCUCCCCCCGGUCGCGUCCUUCCCGUGCACAGGGACUUCCUGCCGCUGUUGCUAUGGUUCCGAGGGCGGGACUAAGGAAGGCGACGGUGCCGGGGAAAGCUUAUCAGGGCCAGUUUGACCUGUAUCCGUACAUCUCUGGUCCUCAUCGUCAUCCCGCUUGUCUUCUUCGGCCAGUAUCGCCAAGGCCACUUCGGCCGGUACUAGUGUGUUCUCUGGUCCUAAAUAUGAAUGUCGGAGCCCUAUUACCUACAUGUUAUUGGAAUUAGGAACAGAAUCAUUCGACAGUAAGCGGAAAAGAGGAAGGAAUGGCAAUGAAGAGGACAACCACCAUUCUCCCCAGUCCAAAAAGAGUAAGAGAAACCCUGUCUUUCAGGAUUCUCAGGAUGCAGAGACAGUACCUGUAAAAAAAGAAAACGAUAAGGAAAGCCAGCUAAAAGGAACCAAAAUGUGUGCGUCUUCAAGCAGUGAUAAUGAGAGGAGCAGCAGCGUUAAUAGCCCAGAGAGAGUAAUUGGACCAGAAAGCAGCUUAAACCAGAUCAUUGUUGAACCCAACACGAGUACCCCUAAGUCCUUAUAUGAGGAGUAUGCACUAAGCAAAGGUGCUUACUCCCACAUCAACCGGAUCUUGAAAGAGGCACACUUCAACAGCCUACAGCAGCGAGGACAGUCUUCAACAUGAUGAACUAGGAGCUCCUUAUUCCAGUCUAAAAUUUGUUUAUAAAAGCAAUUGCACACAAAAAAGAGGCUGUUGGCUUUUCAGUCUGUAUGUUAAAUAACAGGUUGAUCGACAAUUGUUUACUUGGGGUUUUGUUGCACUGUUGCUAUUUCAAAGGGGGUUUCGAAGCAAUUUUUAUAGAACUCUUUUCAGGUUGGAUGUCAAAUCCAUGUCAA